GUCAAUUGUGAUAACUAUUUUUUUAUUAUUGUUUAAUCAAAAUAAACAGUAGGCGAUAGAAAUGUCAACUGUGAAUAAAUUAUCAGAUUAAAAUUUUAAUUAUUUGCUAGUGUAUUUGAGCACUUACAUAAAGUCGCUCAAUGACAUUUGCAAAAUGUUUUUCUACACAAUUAUCGGUGGGUACGUUCUUACAUCUAUUAUUUUGUUUAAAUACCCGAGACUUUUGCACAAAAAAAAGAACAUUAAAUUCACUUGUCAACAUAUAAGUCAUCGGGGAGGAGCUGGAGAGAGCUAUGAAAAUACUAUGGCUGCAUUUAGAAGGGCAGUGGCGAUUGGCACGCAAAUGUUGGAACUGGACUGUCAGUUGACCAAAGAUGGACAAGUUAUUGUUUCGCAUGAUCAGAAUCUAUUGAGGAGUACUGGAGUUGAUAAAAAUGUCUCCCAAGUCAAUUAUAAAGAUUUACCUAUUUUAAAACCAACAUUGCCAAUAGAUUUUAAUCCAGAAGUUGAAUUCGUCGGAUCCGGAAAUCCAGAGGAACGUAAAAUUCCUUUGCUGAAAGACGUAUUCGAAGAAUUCCCGAACUUUCCGGUAAAUAUUGAUAUAAAAAUGAACGAUGAUAAAUUGAUAGAAAAAGUAUCAGAGUUAAUAAAACUCUACAACCGCCAUGAGUACACAGUGUGGGGUAAUUUCAAUGACGAAAUUACCACAAAGUGUUACAAAGCUAAUCCUAGUAUCAACUUGCUAUUUUCAAUGCGCCGUGUCAUUCUUCUUAUUUUAUUUAUGUACACAGGGCUUUUGCCUUUUAUACCGCUUAAAGAGAGCCAUUUAGAAAUAUUUUUACCUUCUAUUUAUUUGAGACGACGAUCCACUCCAGUAGCAUCAUUUUUAUCCUACGAAAAAAUAAUUUGUCGUAGUAUAGAUUUGUUACUGAUGAGGCCUUGUUUGUUUAAUCACUUAAAAGCUCGAGGAAUUCAAGUUUAUUUCUGGGUCCUGAAUUCAGAAGAAGAGUUUCAGCAAGCUUUUGAACUUGGAGCUACCGGGGUGAUGACAGAUUAUCCCACAAAGUUGAAAAAAUUUUUGGAAAAAAGAACCAAUCCUUGAGUGAAUGCACAGAGUUAAUACACCACCAAGUAUUUCAAUCCACUGCAGCAUUUACAAUUAUAUUAUCCAUUUUAAACUACUUUCAGUCAUAUAUUUAAUUUCAAUUUUUUUUUCUGUUCAGUGGAUAAAUGCACAAUAUUUAUGACCUGAAAAAAAAAACCUGAAACAAAUAAGUAUCAUACCAAAGACUGUUUAUUUAUGUUAAUUAUGAAUAUUAAAAUUAUCAAAAAUUAUAAACAGUACAAAAAUAAAUUUACGUACAUUAAA